AUGUAUAAGAGAAAACAUUCCCAGAUUAUGGUGCCAGAGGUCUGGCCCCUGCCAACACAGGUUAGUUCUGUGGUGGUUUUGCUGGGUGUGGUUGUUGGGGUUUUUCUUCUGGAGGUGUUUGCUGUGGCUUUAAUGGAGGGUGUUUCAACAUACUUUCGAGACUCCUGGAUGAAACUUGAUUUUUCUUUGAGAAACUAUUUCACGGUUGAUUAUAUGGGCUAUUUCGAGUUAUGCAGCCAAACUAUCGUCAAAUUUAUGCCUGUUUCCAUUCCCAUUCCACCCGGUCUCUUUGAACCUGCCAUAGGCUUUGGCCUUGGGUUGGCCUUCUGUUAUAGCAGAAAUCACCAGGUGCCUAGUCCGUUAUGUGUUCAAUGUUCAGAUGAGUGGGUUCAGCCAGAUAUCGAGUUGCGUCCUUUCAAAUUACUCUCAGAUCGAAAAAUCUACAAAAAUGUGGGGGAUGGAUGA